AUGGCCUCGGUGCCGCAGCAGCCUCUUACCUUUCAUGAUGUUUUCGAAGACGACGACGAUGUCGAGGAGCAGGGCGCCCCUACCGUCCACCGCAUCCGCGCCAACUCGAGCAUCAUGCAGGUGAAGAAGAUUCUUGAGGCCGACGAAGCCUACGUCAUCGGAAAGCGUGGCCAGUACACCCCCGUCGGCGCCUACCUCGCCGGCGACGAAAUCAUCAAGAUUGCCGUCGAGCAUGGCGCCCAGAUGAUCCACCCCGGUUACGGAUUCCUGUCUGAGAAUGCCGACUUUGCCCGCGCCGUCGAGAAGGCCGGCCUCAUUUUCAUCGGACCUUCUGCCGAGACCAUCGACGCCCUCGGUGACAAGGUGUCGGCCCGUAAUCUCGCCCUCGCCGCCAAUGUCCCCGUCGUCCCCGGUACCAAGGGCGCCGUCGCCACCUACGAGGAGGUCAAGGACUUCACCGACCAGUAUGGCUUCCCCGUCAUCAUCAAGGCCGCCUUCGGCGGCGGUGGCCGCGGUAUGCGUGUCGUCCGCGAUCCCGCGUCGCUGAAGGAGAGCUUCGAGCGUGCCACAUCCGAGGCCAAGUCGUCCUUUGGCAACGGGACCGUCUUUGUCGAGCGCUUCCUCGACAAGCCCAAGCACAUCGAGGUCCAGCUGCUGGGCGACAACCACGGCAACAUCGUCCACCUGUACGAGCGUGACUGCUCCGUACAGCGCCGCCACCAGAAGGUCGUCGAGAUUGCGCCCGCCAAGGACCUGCCCGCCGAGACCAGGGAUGCCAUCCUGGCCGACGCCGUCAAGCUGGCCAAGGCGGCCAGCUACCGCAACGCCGGUACCGCCGAGUUCCUCGUCGACCAGCAGAACCGCUACUACUUCAUCGAGAUCAACCCCCGCAUCCAGGUCGAGCACACCAUCACCGAGGAGAUCACCGGCAUCGACAUCGUCGCCGCCCAGAUCCAGAUUGCCGCCGGCGCCACCCUGGCCCAGCUAGGCCUGACCCAGGACCACAUCUCCACCCGCGGCUACGCCAUCCAGUGCCGCAUCACCACCGAGGACCCGGCCAGCGGCUUCUCCCCCGACACGGGCAAGAUUGAGGUCUACCGCUCCGCCGGCGGCAACGGCGUCCGUCUGGACGGCGGCAACGGCUUCGCCGGCGCCGUCAUCACCCCCUACUACGACUCCAUGCUCGUCAAGUGCACCUGCCACGGCUCCACGUACGAGAUUGCCCGCCGCAAGGUCCUCCGUGCCCUCAUCGAGUUCCGCGUCAGGGGUGUCAAGACCAACAUCCCCUUCCUGGCCUCGCUGCUGACCCACCCGACCUUCAUCGACGGCAACUGCUGGACCACCUUCAUCGACGACACGCCCCAGCUCUUUGACCUGGUCGGCAGCCAGAACCGGGCCCAGAAGCUGCUGGCCUACCUGGGCGACGUCGCCGUCAACGGCAGCAGCAUCAAGGGCCAGAUCGGCGAGCCCAAGCUCAGGACGGACAUCAUCAUCCCCGACGUCUUCAGGUCCGACGGCACCAAGGUGGACGUCUCGGAGCCCUGCAAGGUCGGGUGGCGCAACAUCCUGGUCGAGAAGGGACCCAAGGCCUUCGCCAGGGCCGUCCGCGAGAACAAGGGCUGCCUGCUGAUGGACACGACCUGGCGCGACGCCCACCAGUCGCUGCUGGCCACGCGCGUCCGCACCGUCGACCUGCUCAACAUCGCCAAGGAGACGAGCCACGCCCUGUCUAACCUGUACAGCCUCGAGUGCUGGGGCGGCGCCACGUUCGACGUCGCCAUGCGCUUCCUCUACGAGGACCCGUGGGACCGUCUGCGCCGCAUGCGCAAGCUCAUCCCCAACAUCCCCUUCCAGAUGCUCCUGCGCGGCGCCAACGGCGUCGCCUACUCGUCCCUGCCCGACAACGCCAUCGAGCACUUCUGCGAGCAGGCCAAGAAGAACGGCGUCGACAUCUUCCGCAUCUUCGACGCCCUCAACGACAUCGACCAGCUCGAGGUCGGUAUCAAGGCCGUCCACAGGGCCGGCGCCGUCGUCGAGGGUACCGUCUGCUACAGCGGUGAUAUGCUGAACCCCUCCAAAAAGUACAACCUCCCUUACUACCUCGAUCUCGUCGACAAGCUCGUCGCCCUCGACAUCCACGUCCUCGGCAUCAAGGACAUGGCCGGUGUCCUCAAGCCCCACGCCGCCACCCUCCUCGUCGGCUCGAUCCGCAAAAAGUACCCGGACCUGCCCAUCCACGUCCACACCCACGACUCGGCCGGUACCGGUGUGGCUUCGAUGGUGGCCUGCGCCCAGGCAGGAGCGGACGUGGUCGACGCCGCCACCGACAGCCUGUCGGGCAUGACGUCGCAGCCCAGCAUCAACGCCAUCCUGGCGUCGCUCGAGGGCUCCGACCACCACCCCGGUCUGGACCCCCACCAGGUCCGGGCCCUGGACACGUACUGGUCGCAGCUGCGGCUGCUGUACUCGCCGUUCGAGGCGCACCUGGCCGGCCCCGACCCCGAGGUGUACGAGCACGAGAUCCCGGGCGGCCAGCUGACCAACAUGAUGUUCCAGGCCUCCCAGCUCGGCCUGGGCUCGCAGUGGCAGGAGACCAAGAAGGCGUACGAGCACGCCAACGAGCUCCUGGGCGACAUCGUCAAGGUGACGCCGACGUCCAAGGUGGUCGGCGACCUGGCGCAGUUCAUGGUGUCCAACGGCCUGGGGCCCGAGGACGUCAAGGCGCGGGCGUCGGAGCUCGACUUCCCCGGAUCGGUGCUCGAGUUCCUGGAGGGCAUGAUGGGCCAGCCCUACGGCGGCUUCCCCGAGCCGCUGCGCAGCGACGCCCUCCGCGGCCGGCGCAAGCUGGACAAGCGUCCCGGCCUCUCGCUGGAGCCGGUGGACCUGGGGCAGAUCAAGCGCGACCUGAUCAAGAAGUUCGGCGCGCCCAUCACGGAGUGCGACGUGGCGUCGUACGUCAUGUACCCCAAGGUGUUUGAGGACUACAAGAAGUUUGUGCAGCAGUACGGCGACCUGUCGGUCCUCCCGACGCGCUACUUCCUCUCCAGGCCCGAGAUCGGCGAGGAGUUCAACGUGGAGCUGGAGAAGGGCAAGGUGCUGAUCCUCAAGCUCCUGGCCGUCGGACCGCUCAGCGAGAACACGGGCCAGCGCGAGGUCUUCUUCGAGAUGAACGGAGAGGUCCGUCAGGUGGCCGUCAUGGACUCCAAGGCUGCCGUGGAGAAUGUGAGCAGGCCCAAGGCCGACGCGACCGACUCCAGCCAGGUCGGCGCUCCGAUGUCCGGUGUCUUGGUGGAGCUGCGCGUGCACGAGGGUACGGACGUUAAGAAGGGCGACCCUCUUGCGGUCUUGUCUGCCAUGAAGAUGGAAAUGGUCAUCUCUGCCCCUCACAGCGGCAAGGUCGACAACCUCCAAGUCAGGGAGGGAGACUCUGUGGAUGGAUCGGACCUGGUGUGCAGGAUCAUCAAGGCAUAA